AAGGCAGAACAGAGCACACGAGUCGAUCGCAAAUCUCCGUGAGUUUCCCUUCUUUUUUAUUUGAAUUUCUCUGUUUCUGAUUUCCAUUGGUAAAAGUAGCAAUUGCAAGUUGUUGUUUUUUUCUUAAUCGUAAAAUUGGAAAAAAAUAAAUCGCAGAAGAUUUGAGAUAGGGUUUUGAAAAUCCCUAAAUGUACAACGGAAUCGGACUGACCACCCCUAGGGGGUCAGGCACCAAUGGUUACAUUCAGAGCAACAAAUUCUUUGUAAAGCCGAAGACGAAUCGGGUAACCGAUUCCACCAAGCCUUUCGAGGCAGAUCAAGGCACCGCAGGUCUCACCACCAGGAAACCUAACAAGGAAAUCCUCGAGCAUGAUCGCAAGCGUCAGAUUGAGCUCAAGCUCGUGAUUUUGGAAGAUAAACUCGCCGAACAAGGUUACACUGAAUCUGAGAUCGCUGAUAAGCUUGCUGAAGCUAGGAAGGCUCUCGAAGAUGCUCAACAAGAGAAAGACGAAGAAGAAGGAGAAGUUAUACCAAUCCCUACUCGCCAGCAAAAGGUUUCGGAUACACAGACCCACCAAGUUGCUGCAAGGAAGGAGAAGCAGAUGGAGACCUUUAGGGCUGCUCUCGGGAUUGGAGCUUCUGAAUCUGGGCUUCCUCCUCUGCCAAAUCCUCGAAAGAAUAUCGAUGAGCGUGAACAUUCCUUUUUGGAUAGAGAUCCACCUGUUUCUGCAGCCAUGGAUGUGGAUGAUCCUAAGGCAAAAGCAGACAAGAAAAAAGGUCAAGUAGUUGAAGAUGAAAUUGACGAGUCACGACACCGGAAAAAGAAAAAGGAGCAAAAGAGGUCCAGGCAUCAUGACUCGGAUACAGAUGAUACUGAUACAGAUAGCAGUUUAGAGCAUUCGAAGAAAGCUACUCGCAAGAAGAAGAGCCGUAAGGGUUAUGAUAGUGGAAGUAGUGAUUCUGAUGACUAUGCCAGUGGCAGGAAGCUAAAAAAAUCAGCGAAGAAGCAUGAUAGACGCAGACCAUCUGAUCGGUCGAAGCUUGGUGCUGCUAGUUUGGAUGUUGAUGAUCGACAGGCACAACAUCGACGUAGACAUGACUCUAGUGAGGAUGACUCUGGAACUGAUGGUGGGAGGGAAAAGAAUAGAGGUGAAGUUCAAAAGCAAAAGUUUGAGGGUAGUGAAUCUGAUUCUGAUGCUGACAGAGCGAGAGGUCGUAAAAAGGAAUUGAUUAAGGAAGGUCGUCAAAGGCAUGACUCCAGUGAGGGUGACUCUGAUUCUGAUGGUGGGAGGCAAAAGAAGAGAGGUGAAGUUCAAAAACAGAAGAUUGAGUCAACUAGGAGCCAGAGGAGAGCGAGGGACAUGGGUAGUGAAUCUGAUUCUGAUGCUGACAGAGCAAGAGGUCAUAGGAAGGAAAUGGUUAAGAAAGGUCGUCAUAGGCACAACUCCAGUGAGGACAAAUUUGAUUCUGAUGGUGGGAGGCAAAAGAAGAGAGGUGAAGCUAAAAAACGAAAGAUUGAGUUGACUGGGAGCCACAGGAGAGAGAGGGACAUGGGUAGUGAAUCUGAUUCUGAUACUGACAGAGCGAGAGGUCGUAAGAAGGAAAUGGUUAAGAAUGGUUGUCGUAGGAAUGACUCCGGUGAGGAUGACUCUGAUUCUGAUGUUGAGAGGAAAAAGAAGAGAGGUGAAGUUCAGAAAGGGAAGAUCGAGUUGACUGGGAGCCAGAGGAGAGGCAGUGAUAGUAACUCGGAUUCCGAUGUAGACAGAGCAAGAGAUCAUAAAAAGGAAAUAGUAAAGAAACGUGGUCAUAGGUAUGAUACAGGAGAUGACAGUGAUUCUAAUACAAGUGAUGUAAAGGUAGAAAAGGGUAGGAGAAGAGGUAGAAGACAUGAUUCUGAUGAUGAAGAUUCCAAUUCAUCCUAUGGCAGGAAAAUUGGCAAGGCUACAGAAGCUAGAGAAAGGGUGGGUAGAAGGGGAUCGGGCUCUUUGACAGAUGAUAGUGAUGCAAGUUCUAGUGACUCUGACAGCACCGAUGUAAAGCGUCAAACCAUUGAAAAGAAGAUUGCUGCUGACAAAGACAGAAGAGGACAUAGAGGUGAUCAUGACUGUCAUGGUGUUAGAGGUAGUCGUCGGUAUCAAGAAGAAAAAGAAACUCCAUCUUAUGCAGCCAAGAAUGAUGAUAGAAGGGGAAGGACCUUAAAUGAGGAUGAUAGAUUAGAGAGAUUGCAGAAAUCAGAGAGCAAUAGAGAAAUGAUGAAAGGAAAGAGGAAGCUUGAUGAUGAAAAUCAUGACGAGCAGCCAGAAUUGAAGUCAAGAAGCAGAAACUUAGGAAGCGAAUUGGAGCGCAAAAGGGACAAUCCAAAGGAUGCUAAGCUUGAUUCUGAAUCAAAUGCCAAAGCUUAUGGGGAGAAUGAUGAUCGGAAUAGGGGUGAAUAUUCUAGGUGGGGGGAAGAUGACCGGAAUAAGGAUGAAUAUUCUAGGUGGGGGAUGGGUGACCGGAAUAGGGAUGAAUACUCUAGAUGGGGAAAAGAUGAUCAGAAGAGGGAUGAAUAUUCUAGGUGGGAGAAAGAUGAUCUGAAAAGGGAUGAUUAUUCUAGGUCAGUUAGGUCAGGAGGAGAGAUUGACUGUAAUAAUGGUAGACAAGAUGGCAGACUUCAAAGUAAGAUCACCAAACUAGAUAGUGGAUCUAUGAGAGAUGAUCAGGAUUAUGAUGACCGGAGAGGUGGACAGAAGCGUGGUAGGGAUGAAGAGGAACCUCGAGGGAGAGAGCAAGAAAGAGAUGAGAUUGACCAUAAAUAUAGAAGUCGUGGAAGGGAUGAGGAGGAGCACCAUGGAAGCCGUAGGCACAGAAAAGGGGAGGAAGAUGAUCGAGGGAUCAAAGGUCAUGUGCGGGAUAGGCAAUUGGAUCAUUCUGAGAAAAUGGCAUAUAAUGAUACUCGGUCUAGUGACAGAAGAUCGCGUGGAGAUGGCCGACGUUGAUGGUUGUGGCAGCAUACUGGCUGCAAGUACGAAAUGGAACCACUUCAAAUUGUCUCCAGGCUUUUCGAAGGCGGGUGUCCUUUUUUCUGAAUGUUGUUGAAAUUGAAUGUUCUUUUUGUGCGUGUGUUUUGUUUCCCCAUCUUCCUUCUUUCAUUUCCAUUGGUACUUGGUAAGGGAGUUUUUCAUAUUCUGACUAAUGAAUAAGCCAUGUGUAUGUUUGGAGGUAGUAGUAGUAUUUAUAAUGGCUUUUUGGUUGCAUGUCCAAACUUGUUCUUCUUUAAUGUAUAUUUGGUAUUUGUCA